CACGUUGAUUUGCCGAAAUCUAAACGACCGAGUGCGUAGACCCUUAGGGCAAGUGCACGGACCCACCCAUCCACCCACCACUCAAUUUUCUUUUCUGUCGUCGCGUUCCUCUGCUUUGUAGUCUUCAUCAACCGACCAAGUCAAUCUUCGAGAUACCUCAUUUCCCGUCCCGACUUGAGAAUCUCCUCAAAACACCGCCAAAAUGGUCCGCACUUCCGUCCUCCACGAUGCGCUUAACGCCAUCAACAACGCCGAGAAGGCUGGCAAGCGCCAGGUCCUGAUCCGACCUUCUUCUAAGGUCAUCAUCAAGUUCCUUCAGGUCAUGCAGCGCCACGGAUACAUUGGAGAGUUCGAAGAGGUCGAUGACCACCGAUCCGGCAAGAUCGUUGUCCAGCUCAACGGCCGCCUCAACAAGACUGGUGUCAUCUCUCCCCGCUACAACGUCCGCCUCUCCGAGCUCGAGAAGUGGGUUGUCAAGCUGCUCCCUGCCCGUCAGUUCGGCUAUGUCAUCCUCACCACCUCUGCCGGUAUCAUGGACCACGAGGAGGCCCGACGCAAGCACGUUUCUGGCAAGAUCAUUGGCUUCUUCUACUAAAUGGGACGGGAUACCAAUCAAAAAGUGAUUUUUUAAAAAACAGAACACGGCAUUCUCGGCGUUAAGGCAGGAUGAUGAUGACUAUGACCGAUGCGAUUAAUAGCCAUGUUGCUUAUCGCACACGCGAGCACAAGAAUUGAACCUUUACGAGAUGCUCAGACUCAAGACUCAUUAUGAAGUGAAAGUGAAGAUGAAUGUUCAUGCUACUUCCCGACGUUACACCCAUCUCGGGUGGUACAAUCCGUACAUCAGAUUGCUUUAGUUGUGAUUCGAGUAAUCGAACUUGUUGCAUCGCAAUUUUACAGGUGGCAGUCGUACUUUUGUAAAGCCUUUUAAUAAUUCGAUUUUCAUUAUUACCGGGAAUUAUUGUCUAAAUUCUACUUGGCACUGUGAUGCAAGUCGUUGUGCCAACAAAGUACCUGUCGAGCCAUUGUUUUCUUUUUUGGAAGAGUAGCC